AUGUCUCAACUCAGAUGCAGGAAACCCACCACCGAGGAUAGUUUUGACGUCCCAGUAAUCGUUGAAGCCACUGAGGAUCAAAAGUGUUUGACAACGGAAAAGAAGUUACAACUAAUCGAAGAUGAUAUGGUGGAUCUAUACGAGUUCUGCGUGAAGGCUGGGUUCAGUGUCGAUGAUAUCGGUGCAUGUUAUAGCCCAAUAUUUGGUGUAAUCCGUGAAGCUAACAUUGCCAAGUUGAUAGCGUACGGAAAAGUGGCAGCAGUCUCCCUCGUUGUCGGCAUUAUCCUCUGCUAUUGCAGCUGGUCGUAUCAAUUGAUUUGUAGUUUCAUCCGGAUCACGUUUCUAAAAACACUUCCAUACUGGGAUUGGCGUUACCUGUAUGCAGAUAAAUGCCUGGUGUACAACCCAUAUCAGAACUCGAAAUCUCUCAAUGAAUCUGACUGCAAGACAUGUGAGGAGUUUAUGACACCUAUUAAAAUUAAUGACGUAACCGAAGCGGAAAUGACGAAAUAUCUACACACAAAUACACCUGUUAUUGUAACUGAUGCAGUAAAGGACUGGGAGGCGUAUAGACAGUUCAAUUCAAAGUUCAUAGCAAAGUUAUUCAUUAGAAAUCCAGUUCUGAGCACAUCGUAUCUGUGUAAAGUGGUCAGUAUGGACCCAGACAAUCCAUUUUUACUGCACGUACUUCGAGGGAUGGCAGCAAACAAGCACUGGAAUAUAUACUGGCAGAACUGUGCACAGUCCGCAGUCAAGAUAUUGAGGCAGUAUUACACGAGACCUUACUUCAUGCCUCCUAUGGUUGAGUUUGGGUCUUCCAAUUGGUUGGUUUUAACAUCUGGUUAUAACGUGGAAGAUGUGACUGCGUUCGAGUCUCAAUAUAACCGUAUUACGUUUUAUAAUAUUAUGGGCUUUCAAUCAUCGGAUGAGAUGGCGCACACUAUGACAUGGUUCGCCCAGCUGAAAGGAAACUACCUCAUUACAUUAAUACCGAAUGCAGUAUGUACCGACAUUUGUCAUAAAGUACACAUCAUUCUGAAUCCAGGCGAAAUGUUGGUAUUUAGUAAUGACAUGUGGAUAUUGGAAUACAAAGUAUCGGGAAGUGCAGAUGCCGUAGCAUUAGCUGCUAAUGGAAAUUGGGACUGA